GGUUCCCACAGGGCCAUGUGCGGCUGUGCUCCGAGGCCGCGGCGCCGGGCGGAGUCUGGGCUGCAGAUCCGGCGCUCGGGGCGGGGAGCGGGCGCGGCCCUGCGCUCGGGGCGGGGAGCUGGCCCAGCGUCCCGUGCAGCCCGGCCAGGCCGGAGCCAGACGGCGGGCGGGUCCCGCGCCAUGGGGCGACUGGUGGCUCUGAGUUUGCUGGGCAUCGGGCUGGCGCUGCUGGGAGAGCGGUUCCUGGCGCUCAGAAAUCGACUUAAAGCCUCCAGAGAAGUAGAAUCUGUAGACCUUCCAAACUGCCACUUGAUUAAAGGAAUCGAGGCUGGUGCUGAGGACAUUGACAUUCUUCCCAAUGGUCUGGCUUUCUUUAGUGUGGGCCUCAAGUUCCCAGGGCUCCACAGCUUUGCACCAGACAAGCCUGGAGGAAUACUGAUGAUGGAUCUCAAAGAAGAAAAACCCAGGGCACUGGAAUUAAGAGUCAGCUGGGGCUUCGAUUUGGCUUCGUUUAACCCACAUGGCAUUAGCACUUUCAUAGAUGGUGAUGACACCGUUUAUCUCUUUGUUGUGAACCAUCCGGAAUUCAAGAAUACAGUGGAAAUUUUUAAAUUUGAAGAAGAAGAAAAUUCUUUGUUGCAUCUGAAGACAAUUAAACAUGAGCUCCUCCCAAGCGUGAAUGACAUCAUAGCUGUUGGACCGGCCCACUUCUAUGCCACCAAUGACCACUAUUUCUCAGAUCCUUUCUUAAAGUAUUUGGAGACAUACUUGAACCUACGCUGGGCAAAUGUUGUUUACUACAGUCCAGAUGAAGUUAAGCUGGUAGCAGAAGGAUUUGAUUCAGCCAAUGGAAUCAAUAUUUCACCUGACAAAAAGUAUGUCUACGUUGCUGACAUACUAGCUCAUGAAAUCCAUGUUUUGGAAAAGCAACCUAAUAUGAAUUUAACUCAAUUAAAGGUUCUGCAGUUGGGCACACUGGUGGACAAUUUAUCUAUUGAUCCUUCCUCGGGUGACAUCUGGGUUGGCUGUCACCCUAAUGGCCAGAAGCUCUUCGUGUAUGACCCGAACAAUCCUCCAUCAUCAGAGGUUCUCCGCAUCCAGAACAUUCUAUCCGAGAAGCCAUCUGUAACUACAGUGUAUAUCAACAACGGGUCUGUCCUUCAGGGAAGUUCCGUGGCAACCAUAUACGAUAGGAAACUUCUUGUAGGCACUUUAUACCAGAGAGCCUUGUACUGUGAACUCUAAGUUGUAUUUUUGGCAUGCAAGUGCAAUAAGUUGUAUCAAAAUAAUCUUUUGAUGAAUUGCUAAUUCUGAGGGAAUUUAACUAUCAGCACUGACCUAGGAAUAUGCCACAUACAUAGCUCAUUUUAUUUCAAUAAGGAAAGGCCCAGAAUUCUGUUGCACUUUGAGCAUCAAAAGAAAAUGAACUUUAUUAUUGGUGUUUUUUAAAAUGCCAAUCCAGGGAGAAAGAAAAAAGCUGCUUUUGGAUAAAGUGAAUGCAUUUUGCACAGAGGCGCUUCAUUGUUGUGCCCCACCAUGUAGGAGGCUACUGAAACAGGAUGAGGCAUCAAAGCAUAAGCAUCCUGGGUCCCUAUGCUGUGACCACUGUGCGUGUUCAGAACUACUGAUAGAUAACAUUUUGAUGUUGUGUUCUUACAGCUUUGUCUACUGUUUAAAAGUUAGAAGUGUAUUAAAGACUAACCACAAGCCAGGUUUUCAUUUUUGUUUAAUUACUGAUUCUCAGGAGAAUGGGAAGGAAUUAACUUUUAGGGGAUUCGAUUGGACAAGAAUGGCCAUGCUAACCUCUCAUGAAAGCUCGAUGUAAAGGGGCUCUUUAUUGGAAAAAAUAAAACAACUGAAUACGGUAGCUCCAGAUUUUAUUUAUUUACCUUUUCUUCCAAACACAAUCUCAUUACAUAGCUCUGGCUGACCUGGAAAUUGUUGUGUAGCUCAAGGUGGCCUCAUACUCAUGGAGACCACCUACAUACGCCACCGCCAGCCUUCAAAUUUUCAAUUCUUAAGGUGUCUCCUAUAGGUUCUUUUCCUAAAUAGAAGCCCACUUUAGGUCCAAAGAGGAGAUAAAGGCUUGGGGUUGGCAGGUUACCUACUCAGUAAACUCAUUUAUGACUGGAAGCCAGGAGAGGUGUGGUCAGCUGUCCAAGCCUGCCUGGCUAGGUAGCCCUACACUGCAUCAGAGUUAAGGGUGACAAAAACACAGGAGAAACAUGUUUUUCCCUUCUAGUUCCAAAAAGAGUCCUGAAGAGUGACUUUACUCUGUUUCCUUCUGUUGUCACUUAUGUGCUUUCAUUAAAAUUUUAUUAUAAAGGACUUGCACAUAAAUCACCAUUGUCACUUAUCAAAGGCUUUUUGUUUCACUUUUCCAUCUCCCUCAUUAUCAUUAAGAUACUUGUCAGUUAGUUAUCAAAUGUCCAACAAUUGGGAAGUGCUCUCCCAUUAUUUCACUUAAUCUUAAUUGCAGCCUAGAGGGAAUAGAUGUCAAUAUCAUAUCGUUGUUAACAUUUCACAGUCAGUCAAGGUCACACACUUCCUAAGGGUGAAUAUCAAUCUGUUUCUAAUGCCAGACCCUGUGCCACUAGCAAUUACAUGAAGCCACUGUCAUAGAGCCAGUGCUGCAGAGUUACACAUCCCCUAUUGUAUAUCAUAUGUUCUGUUGUGGGUUUUCUUCCAAGGUACCAAUUUGAGUUCCGUGUUUUGGUUAAAUGAUUUAAUGGCUUUAGAAUGGAAAUUGCAGAAGUAAUUCUUAAACUUGGGCUCUGGUCCAUUUAGUCUGUUUCGUAUUUGUAUUUCUCUGUUAUUUAUUAUUUUCGAUUUUUCAAUUUGUUCUGUUAAUGAAUUGGGGAUAUAUUUCAAGCCAAAGAAAUUAAUGCUUCUUGCGGCUUUCAUUAUCCGAGGGGAAAAUGUUCACAGAUGAAUAAGACAAGAUUAAAUAUUGUUUUCCUAAGGACUCAACCCAAGAAAGGAAUGUUUUUGAUUUCAGGAGAUGUUAACAAUGGCUAUCUAUCUAAGAAGACACAUUCAUAAGACAUACUAGGUAUCAAGUAAAAUACCUUUCCAUUUCACUUAUUCAAAAUUUCAUUUGUGCAAAAGUGGGUAUGAAUUAAUAAGCUCGUGCCUUGUUUAUCUCAGGCAUACAAGAAAGGUUUUAAUAAAUCCUGAUUUGGAGUAUUAA